AUGCUGCUGUGGCUGCUGCUGCCCCUGCUGUGGGGGGGGUCCCUGCAGGAGGAUAGAGGGUAUGCGCUGCAGGUGCAGAAGGAUGUGACGGUGCAGGAGGGCCUGUGUGUCACUGUUCCCUGCAAGUUCAUCUACCCCAGGGAACCAUACUAUGAUCGUGCCUCACUCUACAUCUUCUGGUUUGAGCACGGGGACAGUAUAUAUGACCCUCCGGUGGCCACCAACCAUCCAACCCGAGCAGUGAAGACACGGACAAAGGGCCGGUUCCAGCUCAUCGGAGACCCCCGGGCCAAUGACUGCUCCCUGAGCAUCAGAGGUGCCCGCAGGAGUGACGCAGGGGCCUACACUUUCCGGGUGGAGCGAGGACAUGUGAAAUAUACCUACGCAGACAGUUGGCUGACUGUGCUGGUGACAGACCUCACAGAGAAACCCCACAUCCACAUUCUGCAACCUCUGGAGUCCGGACACCCCGCGAACCUGACCUGCAGCGUGUCAGGGUCCUGUGAGGGGGCCAGACCCCUGGCCUUCUCGUGGGUGGGGGAAGCCCUUAAUGAGAUGGACCCUACAACACGCCAGUCCCCGGUGCUCACCUUCACCCCGAGGCCCCAGGACCACGGCACCAACCUCACCUGUCGGGUGAGACAAGAAGGCUCUUCUGUGACCACGGAGGUGACCAUCCUGCUCAAUGUCUCCCAUGCCCCUGAGAACCUCACCAUCAGCGUCUUCCAAACUGGAUCAGGGCCGCUGAUCCGCACCGUAGUCCGGGGGAUCCUGAUGGGGGCUGGCUUCCUCCUCACCUAUGGCCUUACCUGGGCCUACUACACCAGGUGA